UUUAUCGAUUUAUGUAUUUUGACACGUCAUUUACAAGAAAAUCGCUAAACAAUAUCAGAAAUAUUUAGUAUUAAUUUUAUUCAACAACAAAGCAAAAUUGAAAUCCUCAGAUAUGCAGAUGGCAGUUGUAUUAUUCGCCACUUUGGCGAUAUGUAGCUGUAAGCCCCAGUAUCCAGAGGCAGUGCCGGAAUUAUCACCGGAACUUCCAACCCCAAGCCAGCCGUACCCAGCUCUAGAAGUUGAGCCUGUCGCGGCUCCUGCUCCGCCUCCACCGCCGCCACCACCUCCUCCACCGCCUCCACCUCCAGCGGUCCCCGAGCAAGUGAACGUAGAAGUCCCCAGCGUGGAAUACCCGGCUCCAGUCUUCUCGCCUUCACCCGUCAACGUUUAUGAGCCACCUGAGGGUUCUUAUGUUUAUGCGCCACCAGUAGUGGUUCCAGCACCUCCGCCACCUCCACCGGUCUUACCGGCACCACCUCCUCCCGUACCAGCCACUACUUAUGGCCUCCCUUCUUUUUAAAUGUGUCCAUAUAAUUAAGUAAAUUCUUAAUGAAAAUAUUGUCUAAUAAUUAA